AUGCACAAGCUCAACGUCUUUCACUGGCACAUCGUCGACGACCACUCUUUCCCCUACGAAUCCGCCCGAUUCCCCUUCCUCAGUAAGAAUGGCUCGUAUGCGCCGGACCGAGUCUACAGGAGGAAGGACGUCAAGGAAAUCUUGGAAUAUGCAAGAUUACGGGGAAUCAGAGUUGUGCCCGAAUUCGACACGCCCGGCCAUACGCAGUCGUGGGGAAGGGCCAUGCCGGGAUUGCUCACCGCCUGUCGGGGAGCGAGCCUAUGGAAAAUGUUCUUGGACCUGCCGGAGUACGGGCCCAUCGACCCCAGCCGCGAGGAGAACUACGCCUUCCUCCGGAAGUUCUUCGGCGAGGUCCUCGAAACCUUCCCGGACCGAUUUCUGCAUCUCGGGGGAGACGAAGUGGAUUUCCUCUGCUGGAAAAUGAAUGGCGAUAUUUGGGAUUUCAUGACGCGACAGAACAUCUCGAGCUUCGAGGGUCUGCAGGCCUACUACAUGAACCGGCUCGUCAAGCUCCUCGACGGCGUCUCCUCCAAGAAGAAAAACUACUUGGUGUGGCAGGACGUUUUCGACAACGGAGUUCGGUUGAGUCCCGACGCCGUCGUUCACGUCUGGAAGGGAGACUGGGAGACGGAAUUGGCAAAGGUGACAAACGCUGGGAAUGCAGCACUGCUUUCGUCUUGCUGGUACCUGGACUACAUCUCCUACGGGACGGACUGGGAGAACUACUAUAAGUGCGACCCGGAGAACUUCCCAGGCAACACUGCCCAGAAGAUGCUCGUCCUCGGCGGAGAAGUCUGCCUGUGGGGUGAAUUCGUGGACGAGACGAACCUCCAUUCUCGACUUUGGCCGCGAGGAUCGGCUGCAGCGGAGCGGCUGUGGUCCCCGAGGGAGGCGCAAGACGCGGACUUCUUCGCUUCCAGGAUGAACGAGCACCGGUGCCGUCUCCGCCGUCGAGGCUUCCCGGCUCAGCCCAUCAACGGCCCCGAUUCUUGCGAUCGUCUCAUUAUACCUUAA